AUGGAAAAGCAGUACUGGAAGCUACUAGAUUUGCCAAAUCAGGAAGGCUCCGAGGAAUCAAAUGACUACGUCGUCAGGAUUAUACACCUUCUUGAAGAAACAUCACCAUGCCCUCCUCCAUCAGGAGGAAUCGGAGCACUGCUUAGUUCCACAAUGAUGGGUCGAAAUAUGGAAACUCGAGUUGAUCAAAGUCUUUACGACUCGAUCAAAAGUCGAAAAACGGAAGAGCUGCAAAAAGACUGCGAGAACUUGUACGUACAACUCUAUAAGUUGAUACGGAAGUAUCAAGGUAGAGCCUACGUAAUUUGUACCAUAAGGUAA